ACAUACUAACCUUUAUUUCCGAAAAUCAUCAUCGAAAAAUUUUUGAUUAUUCUCUCUCGCAAUGAACUGUGAAAUCAGACUCCAAGCGUAAAAAAUUGUCGAAUUAAACCGUAAUUUCGUAACAGACCAAUUAGAUCAAUAACAGUUCUCAUUUGACUGGUUGUAAAAUAUCUGCGCGUCAGAUAGGUUAGGUUCAAACGAAAUUAACUCGUGCAGAAACUAUAGUUCCCGUGCUUGUAGUCACGAGUGUAAAGUGCCAUAGUGCAAUGAUAAGAAAGAUUUCUCCACACCCUGAUAUGAGACCCUUGAAUCAUUGUUUGAUAUAAACGGUCGAUCAGUGUGUUUAAAGGGAAAAAUGGCGGUGAGUUCGCCUGUCAGUCUGGCAGGCCACUGACAAUAAUGUAAGAAGUGGGUAUCGCUAUACGCCCACAUGCCUCUUGAAUGCUGAUAAGAACAUAGUAGAUUUCUUGUUAAGCACCGUAUGUGCCGCACGCAGUCAGCCAUGAGUAUUUUAAGAAAGAGAUUAAACGAAUUCGAUGAUGCACUGAACGCUGAAGAAAUAGAUCUCAUUAAUUUUAAACGAUUAUGCUUCCAUGGAAUACCAGAUGAAGGAGGUUUAAGACCUUUAUGUUGGAAACUUUUAUUAAAUUAUCUACCUUCAACACGAGCCAGUUGGUCAGAAACUCUUACUCGUAAAAGAACGCUUUAUAAAACUUUUAUUGAUGAUCUCAUUGUUACACCAGGUGAAGCAAAUAGUAAUGGAGAAAGGGUAGAUGUUACGCUUCACGAUCAUCCACUAAAUUUAAAUCCUGAUAGCAAGUGGCAAACUUAUUUCAAGGAUAACGAAGUUCUUCUACAAAUAGACAAAGAUGUUAGGAGAUUGUGUCCAGAUAUAUCAUUCUUCCAACAAGGUACAGAUUAUCCACGUAAAGAGAUUGUAAAUGCUAGUGGACAAAGGCGUUUACACCAUAGGGUACAGCAUACAGUUUUAAGAAGCGCAAAUGUAGAGAGGAAGGGACUUGGUGUAACUAAGCAGAUAGCGGUAUCUGUUAGAAAAGCUACAGAAGAUUAUGCACCACUAGCUGAAGGUGGUGAAGCUCAUUGGGAAGUUUUAGAAAGAAUACUUUUUUUAUAUGCCAAAUUAAACCCAGGACAAGGAUAUGUGCAGGGCAUGAAUGAAAUUGUUGGUCCUAUAUAUCAUGCAUUUGCUUGUGAUCCUGAUCAAACGUGGAGAGAGCACGCAGAAGCAGAUACAUUUUUUUGCUUCACUAAUUUGAUGAGCGAAAUUCGUGACUUUUUUAUCAAAUCAUUGGACGAAGCUGAGUUUGGGAUAAACUCGAUGAUGAGUAAACUUACAACUCAAGUGAAGGCUAAUGAUCCCGAAGUUUGGAUGCGUUUAAAUCAACAAGAAUUAUGUCCACAAUAUUACAGCUUCAGAUGGCUGACGCUUCUUCUCUCACAAGAAUUUCCAUUACCCGAUGUUAUGAGAAUUUGGGAUUCUCUUUUUGCUGAUGAAAACAGAUUCAGUUUCUUAAUACAUAUUUGCUGUGCCAUGAUCUUGCUCUUGAGGGACCAAUUACUUGUCGGAGAUUUUGCUACAAACGUUAAACUUUUACAAAAUUUUCCUUCGGUGGACAUUCAGAUAGUACUUUCUAAGGCAGCUGCAUUGGCAGGCAAAAGUCUCAACUCACCACAAUAACGUGUAAUUGUACAGCUUCAACAGAACUGAAAGUAUAGGCGAAACGUCUGGAAUGAAGUGCUUAAACAUCCUUUAAAGGUAUAUUCCUACGGCUAUUAUUUCCAUUUAUUUUUUUGUAAUUUCUUUCAUUUGCUUAUCUCUACAAUACAAAUUAUUAUCUUACACAUAGGCCUGAGCAUUCUUACACGAACAACUUAUCAGAAUUAGAAAAUAAUCGUUCGCAUAAAUAUAUAUAUAUAUAUAUUGUAAGCGUCGUAUGCAUGUGAAAAUCGUUGAAAAGUAAAAUGAUUUUAAACAACGUUUUAUACUCCCAAGAUAAUAAAAGUUUUUCCAUUUAUAUGUAGGAGCUCGGGUUUCAUAGGAUCUGAAUUUAGCUCUCUGUUUCUUUAACUAACGAAAUAGAGAGAUACGUUUAACCCUUAACAAAAAAAAGAAGUAAGUCGUAAAUUUAACGACUUCUAUUGCAUAUUGUUAUUAAUAAGAAUUAUCUUUUCUUUUUAUCUUUUUUUCCUAGAAUGUCGAUACAUUAUACUAUGUUUCUAUUUAAAUAAACAAGUUUAAUUAGAUAUUAGAUAAGAGUUAUCUAACUAUACAUAUCUAUAUACCUUUAAAAGAAGGAAGCGAAUUUAUUUUUAAAAGUAGACAUUUUUUAAUAGGAAAAUCUUUUUGUUAAGGGUUAAGAAAAACAUAUAGAAUUGUGCUGUGAAUGAAAAAUUCAGCCAUAUUAAAGAUCUAAAUGUUGUUAUGUCCAAAAGGAGGAAAAAACAAAUGUUUGGAUACUCGAAGAGAGCAUUUAUUCGUAAGUUGAAAUUUCAUAAAAAUUUCUUAACGAACAAAAUGUGAAAUUAGUUAUUAAAUAAAUGAAAGAAAAAAGAAUUAAAAAAGAUAUUGUGUAAAUGCGUAUUGUGUAAUACUGGCUGACACACAUUUUGUAAUGAUUAAACAAUAAUAGAUUAUGAUCGUUUAUACGCGCAAUAAUUACGUACUGUGUUUAAGUGAAAUAUUAUAUUUUGUAAUCUUAUUUUUGUAAUGACCUGCGUCGUUCAUUCUGCGUUUAUAAAAUAAUAAAAAAUGUUAUAUUUG